AAAACACAACACAAAGCCCGAGCGCCCAACGGAUAAGAGUAAGACCAGUGAAAUAGAGAAGGAAAGGUUUUCCCGGGAGAGAGAGAGAGAGAGAGAGAAACUGGCAAUGGCAUCACCGUCAACGGCAGCAACUCUAUCGUGGAGUUCUUCCUCUUGGCUUCAUAGUUUUAGUGGACCCAUUAAUGAAAUCUCCAAAUUGCCUGACAAAAGAAUGCCUAUGGUGGUUUUUGCUCAAAAGAAAGCAAAAAAGACCAGAAAAAUAAUAUUGAAAGAGGAUGUGGCAGAUUUGGGGAAAAAGGGGCAGCUAAUUGAUGUGAAGGCUGGAUACUACAGGAAUUUUCUUUUGCCCAUGGGCAAGGCCCAGAUUGUCACUCCUAUUCUACUCAAGGAAAUGAAAAUAGAAGAGGAAAGAAUUGAGGCUGAGAAAAAACGGGUAAAAGAGGAAGCACAACAGCUUGCUCUUAUGUUUGAAACUGUUGGAGCUUUCAAGGUGAAGCGCAAAGGUGGAAAGGGCAAACUGAUAUUUGGAAGUGUAACUGCUCAAGAUAUUGUUGACAUCAUCAAGGCACAGCUUCAGAGGGAUGUAGACAAGCGAAUUGUUUCUCUUCCAGAAAUUAGGGAAACAGGAGAAUAUAUUGCUGAACUUAAGCUUCACCCCGAAGUGACUGCUCGGGUCAGGUUGAAUGUUUCUGCCAACUAAGAAGAAGCAUCCUUUAAGAAUCCACUCUCUGACUGAAUGAUUUGUGUGAGCAUCUUGCAUCAAAAGGGCACCGGCAACCGGCAAACAUAGUAAUCAUAUAGAGACUUCUAUUGAGAAAAUGAGAAAGUGUAAUAGGUUUGGGCCUGAGAUAUGUACAAAUCCUGUUUCUCCUGAACCUAUAUAGAAUGUAGAAUGUAAUAGCUUUUUCUUGAACAGUUCUCUACUGUUUUGCUAUAUAUUUUUACUUCAACAAUGUUUGGAUUUUGCAGUGUUUGUUUAUUUAUUUAUUCCUGUAAUUGUAGAAUUUGCUAUUUUAUAUUGGAGAGUGUAACUGAAUCUGCAGAUCUACUUGAUAAAAACUUGUUCUUUUUUCCCUUGAUAA